UGGCGGCCGGGCGGGGCCCGGGGAGCGAGGACGGAGCCUUUCGAGGAGGAGGAGGAAGAGGAAGAGGAGGAAGAAGAGGAAGAGGAGGAGGAGGAAGAGGAGGAGGAGGAGGAAGAAGCGGCCGGCGCGCCGCCGGCCCCGCCCGAGGACGACGACGGCGAAUCAGAGGAGGCCACGUCGGUGACGUCAUCGGGGGACAGCGGCGGCGCCCCCCUCCCCCCCCGCCAACGGCUGCGCAGGUUCCCGGACCCGCCCAUUGGGGGCGGAGCCUCGGCCCUUCCCGGAGCCGCCCUGUGGGGGAGGGGCCUCCCCGGAAGCCUCCGGAACCGCUCCCACCGGAGGGGGCGUGGCCUCCGCCAGCGGCGGCCCCGUGACCACGCCCACGGGGGGCGGGGAUUGGCACCGCUGCCCCGAGUGUGGGCGUGGCUUCGGCACCUCGCGGGCGCUCAAGGUCCACCGCAGUUACCACGUGGGCCGGAAGAGGCCCCUCCCCCCGCCCCCCCACGCCCCGCCCCCUCCCCCGGCCCCGCCCCCGCGCUCCCAGAGCCCCUCCCCCCCCCGCCCCGUUCAAGUUCCAUUACAUCUGCGCCGAGUGCGGCCUCGGCUUCGUGGCCCCCGGCGCCCUCGGCGCCCAUCGGUGCCACCGGAGCCGCCGCCGACAGCGCCGCCCCUCCCCCACCAACACCAACACCCCCCGGGGCCCCUCCCCCCCACCCCCGCGCCGCCCCCGCCCCGCCCCCGCCAAGCCCCGCCCCACCCAGCCCCGCCCCGCGGAGCCCCGCCCCUUUCCGCUGCACCGAGUGCGCCGGGGCCUUCGGCCUCGUGGCCGAGCUGCACGAGCACUACAUGCUGCACGCCAGGGGGGAGCUCUAGGACACGCCCACCGCGGGGGGGACACGCCCACUGCGGGGGGGACACGCCCACGUGGAG